AUGGAGAUUUCAUCACUCUGCCUACUAAUCUCAGCCGCAUUGAGCAUCCAUCCUGACAGAGCUCAGUUCUUUCGAUAUGAGUACAUCUCUCUGAACUGUACAAUGCCGGGGAACUCUGACAGCUGGACAGUGAAGAGAAACACUUCCUCUGAGUUGUCUGUUCAAUGUGGCGUUGACUUCGGUCGCCAAAAUGGGUCCGUCUGCACCAUUAGGCGUGCCUACACAGAAGACAGUGGACAGUACUGGUGUGAGUCUCCACAAAGGGAGUGCAGCAACGUUAUCGACGUCACAGUGAACAUUGGUGUUGUGAUCCUGGAGAGUCCUGCACUUCCUGUAACAAAAGGAGAUAAAGUGACCCUCCGCUGUUCCUACAGGGAAAAAUAUGCAAAGAGCUCAUCUUCAAACUUCUCUGCAAAGUUCUACAAAGAUGGUAAUUUCAUCGGGACUCAAACAAUAGGACAGAUGACCCUUGAAUCGGUGUCCAAGUCUGAUGAAGGCCUUUACAAGUGUGAACAUCCCACAGAAGGACAGUCUCCACAGAGUUUGCUGGCUGUGAGAGACAUCCCUCCUACUCCUCGUACUCAUGUCAUGACUAUGCCCAGGCUGGUGUGCACCAUCCUGCUGAUCGUCCUCUACAAUGCCAUCCUUAUUAUGUCUAUAAUCAUUUACCGGAAGUGGGCUCGAGGUCGAGCCAAAGCAAAGAAGAGAGCUUCUCAUCAUCUGCAGCAAUGACUUCUUUACUGCUUUGCUGUUUUCUUCUAAAACCCAACUUGGACUGUCCCCAGAAUAUAAAACAGACCUUUCAAAAUUCAAUGAGCCUGUACUUGAUCUUAAAUCUUCCAAUCAAGUCCU